UUUUUUGGUUUUCAUGUCUUCCCUCCGCCUCUUUACUACUCGUACCCUUUUGAAAAGCUCUAGAUUCUCUUCUCGCACCGUCGCGAAUACUAGUAGUCUGAGUCCAUUGAAAACCACACUCUUCAGUUCACCUUUACUAUCCCGAACCAUGACGGCCACACAAUCUGGCAAAGGCACCAAGACGGUGUUCACCUUGAACACUGGCGCUAAGAUGCCCGGUGUUGGUCUGGGUACCUGGCAAUCCAAGCCCAACGAGGUCCGCGAAGCAGUCAAGAACGCUCUUCUUGCUGGCUACCGUCACAUCGACACCGCCCUCGCGUAUGGCAACGAAGCAGAGGUCGGCCAAGGUAUCAAGGACUCUGGCGUUCCCCGUAGCGAGAUCUGGAUCACCACCAAGCUCGACAACCCCUGGCACAAGCGCGUCUCCGAAGGUAUCGAUUCAUCCUUGAAGAGCCUGCAAACAGACUAUGUCGACCUGUACCUCAUGCAUUGGCCUAGCUCAACAGUCCCCGAGGAUCUGAAGAAGCAUCAUGAUGACUGGAACUUUAUUGACACCUGGCGUGAGAUGCAGAAGCUCGUCGGCACCGGCAAGGUCCGAAACAUUGGUGUAUCAAACUUCGUCAUCUCCAACCUCGAGAAGCUCCUCAACGAUCCUUCGUGCAAGAUUGUGCCAGCUGUCGACCAAAUUGAACUGCACCCCAACAUGCCUUCGCCAAAGACUCUGCAGUACUGCAAAGAGAAGGGAAUCCACUGCACUGCAUACUCCUGCCUGGGUUCGACCGAUUCUCCCCUUUCCAAGGACAAGACUCUGCAGGCUAUUGCUGAGGCCAAGGGAAAGAGCCCUCAGCAAGUGCUUUUGAUGUGGGGUCUGCAGCGCGGCACUUCCGUCAUUCCCAAGUCAGUCACCAAGUCGCGGAUCGAAGCCAACUUCCAACUCGACGACUUUGAGUUGACCCCAGAAGAGAUGCAGAAGCUCAGCAGUAUCCCUGACCGGUUCAAGGUCUGCGGUGAUGCUUGGUUGCCCGUCAAGGUCUUUUUCAACGAAGAGGGUGAUGGCGGCGAUACCCCGUCUCAUUAGGCGGCUUCUUUACAGUGUCAAUGCGCAAUCUUUGAGCGUCUGGGAGGGACACGCAAAGACGUUCUACGGAUUCUUAAAAGGGGCAUGAGCUUGUAAUCUUUACCAUGAAUAGACGAGGCAUAGAAGCCAGCACCAUGUUGCUGCCGGCGAGGAGAUGCAUCGGGCUGUAAAAGACGAUGCGCGCCCAAAGAUUUGCAGGAGAUCUUCGAUAGACAAUUGAUCUCUGGAAGCAAACACUGUUCAUCAGGAUCACAACUGUGCUGGCAACAACCAAUCGCACCUUCUGGAAGAUCAAUGCUGCCCACCUGUCUGUGUACGCACGUAAGGUCGAGUGACGCCUUCGUUAGAAAUAUUCUGCGCCUGGCCAACCGCGAAGGGAAAGAUGUCAAGC